CGUGGCGCCCUCCACCGUCCUAGAGAAGCCAGAGUGGCAAGAGUGCAGCAGCCUCCACCUCUCCGGUGCGGAGCGUGGGGAGCUGAGCGUGGGACUGGCCGGGGCGUGGAGCCUGGGGCUUGCGCGCCCGACUCCUGGGCCGCUAUAUCAGACCCGCCCCGGUCCGGAGCGUCCCUUCCCGACCCCGGGCAGCCCCCAGUAAGGCCUGGCGCGCGCUCGCUUCCCGGGAGGGCGGCCCUGGCCAUGGCGGGCGGGGCCCCCUUCGGCCCUCCACUCGAGCUGCUACCGGGACUGCGCGCGCCGGCCCGGGCGCGCCCGGAGUCAGUGACCUUCGAGGAUGUGGCCGUCUACUUCUCUGAGAACGAAUGGAUCGGCCUGGCCCCUGCUCAGAGGGUCCUGUACAGGGACGUGAUGCUGGAGAAUUAUGGGGUUGUGGCUUCCCUGGCAUUUCCAUUUCCCAAACCGGCUCUGAUUUCCCAGCUGGAGCGAGGGGAAGCGCCCUGGUGCAAGGCUCCUCAGGGAGCUCUGGAUGGAGAGUGCCCGAGGGGCGUCUCCACAGGAUAUCCAUUUCUGAAGCCUGCUGCGAUCUCCCAUCUUGAACAGGUGGAAGAGCCCUUGAACCUGAAACUGCAAGGAGAGGGUCCAAGCCUAAUCUGUACUGAGGGUGUGUUGAAGAGUGAGAAAGAAGAUUUUAUUCUGAAGGAGGAAGGUUUUGAGGAGGCAAAAGACCACAUGGUGCUAUCAAGUGGACCCCGGUGGUGUGGUUCCCAGGAGUUCUGGUUUGGGAAAACCUGUGAGGAGGGAACAAGCAGGUUAGGGAGGUGGCGCAACUACUCCAAUGGGAAGAGUGUGGAGAACGCUGCAAAUGAUGUUAUAGAAGUGAUUGUCAAAGAUGAGAUGAUCUCAGGAGAAGAUGGUUCAGAGAAUACUGAUGUUAAUACUCACCUUGUUAUACAUGAGAAGAUUCUCAGUGAGCAGGUAUUCUGUAUAUGUGAAGAAUGUGGCAAGUGCUUUGAUCAAACUGAAGACUUUGACCAACAUCAGAGAGUUCAUAAUGGAGAGAAGAUCUAUGGUUGUAAGGAAUGUGGGAAGACUUUCAGUUUUAGAUCACAUUGCCUUGCACAUCAGAGAAUUCACACUGGGGUGAAACCCUAUGUGUGUCAAGAAUGUGCUAAAGCCUUUGUUUGGAAGUCAAACCUGAUUCGGCACCAGAGAAUACAUACUGGAGAGAAGCCCUUUGAAUGUAAGGAAUGUGGGAAGGGCUUUAGUCAGAACACAAGCCUUACACAACAUCAGCGAAUCCAUACUGGGGAAAAACCAUAUACAUGUAAGGAAUGUGGGAAAAGCUUUACUCGGAACCCAGCCCUGCUUCGACAUCAGAGAAUCCACACUGGCGAGAAGCCUUAUGAAUGUAAGGACUGUGGAAAAGGUUUCAUGUGGAACUCAGAUCUUGCUCAGCACCAGAGGGUUCACACGGGGGAGAAGCCCCAUGAAUGUACUGACUGUGGGAAAAGCUUCAUUUGCAAGGCACACCUUAUCCGACAUCAGAGAAUCCAUACUGGGGAAAGGCCCUAUAAAUGUAAUGACUGUGGGAAGGCCUUCAGUCAGAAUUCUGUUUUGAUUAAGCACCAGAGGCGCCAUGCUAGAGAGAAACCCUGUAAUUAUCACACCUCUCACCUUCUUGAACAUUAGAGAAGGCAUAAGGGUGAUGCUUGUUUAUAAUUCUUAUGCUACAGCAGCCCCAGAGACAAAACGAGAUGACUGUCCACGGUUUGUUAUAACUCUAAUAGUCAGUAUUAUCUUGCCCCUUCUGAACAGAUACCCUGUACUCUAGCAAGAUGGUCCCACUGUUCAACCAUGUUCAUGCUAGGCAACUUUUAGUUGAGCAUCUGCUCUGUCAGGCACUUGCUAACCACUUUACAUACAUUCUUUUGUUUUCCUUAAUCCUGUUAAGGUAGGUACUUAUCCUCAUUUUACUAAUGAGAAGUCUGAGGUUGAAAGAAGUUGUAAAACUCAUUCAAGGUUACUCAGCUAAUAUGUUACAGAAUAGAGAUUGGAAUCAGGCCUAUCUGA